AUGGAUAUCAAGAUGUCAAAUGACCGGUACCAGAGAAGUUACUCCUUGUCUGAACUUAAUUUAGAAGCACAGAAAUUUACAGCCAAAGAUGAAAUUAAGCCAUGGUUACUGAACUGCUUGCUAACAAGAAAAGGUAUAAGCGUAGUUAUUGAGCGUUCUGAUUCAAACAAGAUUGUUUUUCGAUGUAAGUCCAGGAAGCACAAUGGCGAACCAAGAUUGAGAGCUCGCGAUGGGUCGAGACGUUCUGAUAAAUGCCCAUUUAAAAUAAGGGCAAACUUUUCCGUUCGAAGUGGGCAGUGGACUUUGGUAGUGGUGAACGAAAGUCAUGAUCACCAUUUUGAGUGCAGUAAUGCAUACCAGGGGAGAGAAAUUUAUGAUGAAAAUACACAGAUUCUUGUGUCUGAGGAGUCGAUUGACUCGUCAAGCACGACCACUAAAGAAUCGUCUGCAACUGAUAUAUUUGACAACUUGACAGACUUAUCUUCUCCCGAAACUUUGGGGUCGAGUUUGGGCUCAGUCAUUUUAACUGAUGCUAGAAGUAAACGUCACUUAGAUGAAGGUAAGAGUGCAAAUAAGAAAUCAAAAUUUACAAGUGCAAAUGACCUUGAGAUGUCAUCUGAAAGGGUACUCGAGCAUCUCAGAAGACAAGUUAACAUAUUGAUCAACAGGUUUAUACUCGAAAAUAGUCUAUUCGACGAUAGUGAUAAGCUUUCCAUGCUAAAGAGAUUUGCUACACAAUUAUUACUUAAUUGCAAGGACUCAAUUACAGAUCACCAUGAAUGCAAGAGUCUGGAAGCUAAUUGGUUGGCGAAUUCCAAUCAAAAUCAUAAUACAUUAAACACGAACGCGAACUCAAAUUUAAUACCCUUGUCACCCUUGUUGAAUGACUCCGACAACGACUAUAAUGGAAAUCAUAAUUCACCCACAAGCAGUCACACAAUUGAAGCACUUUGUCAUUUACCGGGAGGAUUAUCUUCAAGCAUUGUGACAAAUUCUCUUUGUCCUAAUUUCAUGAUUCCAUCACAAAUUCUGCAAAUUCAAAAUCAAAACCAACAACUACCGUCUUUUAAUUCAAUUCAAAAUCAGCUACCUACUUCGCCGACAUCUAACAAUGCUGGAAUAUCAAUUUCUGGUACAGUGUCUUCGUCCUCGGCUUCAUUGAUCCCCCUACUAGCCAAUAAUUCUUCGACGACUCUCAAUCCGUCUUAUUUACUUAAAUCUUCUGGAAAUAAGAAUGUCCCAAACUCUUCACUAAUGAGCUUGAAUGAACUCAAAACUCUCAGCAAUAGUACAAGCUCCAAUUUAUACAACAAUAUUAACUUGAAUAGUGGUAAUAUGAAUGUUGGUGGUGCCAAUGGACCAAAUGGAAAUUCAAGCAAUAAUAUCAACAACGGUUCAAUUAUUAAUAAUGGAAAUAGUAAUUAUAGCUCUUUUGGUGGAAAUAAUCAGGCCCAUGUGCCCGGUGGGUCGUGGUAUUCGAUGGCAGUUGGAAGUACUGGCUUAUCUUCUCCGAGCAAUAACACCAUCAAUAGUAACAGCCAAGUGUUAAACGGAUUGGCCUCGACUUUUAAUAGGGAAAUCGGGAUGAAUUCAGCAGGUAACAACAACCCGCCUAUUAAUAAUAAUACUAGCUCCACUAAUUCUUCUUCAGUUCAUAAUUUGGGAUCUUUGUGUGAUUCAAGUUGGUAA